AUGACUACUCAGUAUAAGAAAUUCAUUAAACUUAUAGCUAAAUGGCCUAUUGAUUCUAGCAAAGGCGAACGAGACCUCGGCAAGUUUAUCAGGGAUAAGGUAAAAGUUGCAUUUGAAUCAACGAAUAAAAAAGAUUUAGAUUCGGAGCUCUGCAACCAACAGUACAACUCAUUGAACAAAUUAGCUGAUAAUUAUUACAAAAACAAGUACAAACGGAAGCACAGCAGCACAGCAACGGGACUAAGUGUAGAAGAGUGUAACCUCAUUCUAUCCAACGAGGUUCUCGACUAUUUAAAGGAAGAAAACAAAGGUUUCUUUAGCAAAAUAUUUAAACAUGUCCAAUACAAAGACCACACACCAGUAAUGUUAAAUGAAGCUAUUAAAUAUUUAAAUCCUAAGAAAGAUGAAUUGUACAUUGAUAUGACGUUUGGAGCUGGUGGACACUCUAGAAAAAUCUUAGAGUCAGCCGAUUGUAGGCUCAUUACGUUAGAUAGAGAUCCACAUGCCUAUGAUAAAGCACAAAAACUUGCUGAAGAGUACCCAAAUAGAGUAAUACCUUUAUUAGGCAAAUUUAGUGAACUCCCUGCUCUUUUAAAAGCUAAAGAAAUAAAACAAUCUUCUAUAGAUGGCAUUCUAUUUGAUUUUGGUUGUUCAUCUAUGCAAUUAGACAAAGGAGAAAGGGGAUUUUCUGUGAGCAAGAAUGGUUACUUAGACAUGCGAAUGGACGCUGGCCGAGAUCCAAAUCAAAUAACUGCAAGGGAAGUGCUGGCGACCGCUAAUGAACAGGAGCUAUAUAAAAUAUUUAAAAUAUAUGGUGAAGAGAAAAAAGCUGCAAAAAUAGCACAAACCAUCAUACAAGCUAGAUAUAUGAUCAAAAAUAUUGAAACAACAGAAGAAUUGGUGGACCUGGUCAAUUCAUGUUGCCCUGAUGAAAUACGACUAGACAAAUUGCAAAGACCUCAAUCAAACGCAACAAAAGUAUUUCAAGCGUUACGCAUCUUUGUAAACAAUGAGCUAAAUGAACUGAAUUAUGGGAUGGUCCUUGCUAAAUAUUAUUUAAAACUCAAUGGAAAAUUAGUAACCAUUUGUUUUCAUUCGUUAGAGGAUACUAUUGUGAAACGCCAUAUAGCUGGGAACAUUGUUAAUGAAGUGGCAAAUCCCGUUCCUUUAAAGUAUUUGAGCCCGACACUUGUCCAGAAUCAAGAAACUAUUAACACAUUUCUGGAUACUCCUUGGAGGGCUAUAAAUAAGCAUGUUGAUGUACCUACAGAUGAAGAAGUCCAACGAAACCCACGAAGUCGUAGUGCUAGAUUGCGGGCUGCAAUCAAAGUUAAAUGA